CAACUUUAUUUCUUCUUUGGCAACCGCCAACAAUGUAGCUACUACCACCACACAACAAUUUAGCAAAUCAAAGUUAACUAUACAAUUGGUUUGAAAUGCCUUUGAUUGUCAAAGAUUACACAUGGACACAGACAGAAACGAUUGUUUACAUAAAUGUACCUUUAAAAGGAGUAAAGGUUGGGAAAGUAGACAUAUUUUCCACAGACGAAUAUCUGAAGGUAAAAGUUUUUGGGAAACACCCUAAAGCUAGCUAGCUAACGUUAGCUAGCUACCUAUCUAAAUGUUGUCAACAGUAGUAAAUGGUCAAUUGCUUUGGUUUGUCUCCUUCAUUUUAGGUACAUUUCCCCCCGUUUUUAUUUGAAGCCAACCAGUUUGAGCCGAUAGAUGACAAAAGCACAGCAAAAAUUGGAAAUGGAGUUGCAGUUUUCACAUUGCAGAAAAAGGAGACAGUGGGAGCACCUUGUGAUUACUAACAAUGACAAAGACAAAUUGAGAGAGAUCAGGUAUCGAGCACUCCUGAAAGCCCAGAUAAAGCUUGCUGCUGAGUCGAAAGCCAAAGCUACAAAAACACAAGAAGAAAGAAAAUAUGCACUGGAGACCAUGAUGAUGCUUGAAGAAGAGGGGAGAGCCAGGAUCCAGAAAAUGAAGGAUGAUGAAUAUGAGAAAGCAACAGCAGAGUUGGAGGCAUGGAAACUGAAGCAGGGGCAAAUAGCAGAGGGGGAGGCCCAACCUAAGCUACAAAGUCAGAGAAUCAAGGUUGACAAACAAAGCAAAUCGGAAAAGAUACAUGUACCCAGAACAUCAGACCGAUGCAAGGUCAAGCAUGCCCUACGAGAAUCAAGAGUACCAGAGGAGGAAGAGUGGCUUCAGAAGCAGGCAGAGGCCAGAAGGGCAAUAAAUGCAGACCUGGCAGAGCUGAAGGACCUGACAGAAGAAGAGAGGAACCCUGACUGGUUAAAGGAGAAUAACAAAUUAUUUGCAACAGGUAACUACUUGGCUGCGAUCAAUACUUACAGCCUUGCCAUGAAGCUUAACAGAAAGAUUCCUGCCAUAUAUUCAAGCCGUGCUGCUUGUCACUUGAAACUAAGGAAUCUUCAUAAAGCCAUUGAGGAUUCCUCUUGGGUGCCAGGACAAGAGCCCAUGUAAGACGAGGCACAGCUUUUUGUGAACUGGAGUUCUAUACUGAAGGUCUGUGCAACGUCAACAAGGGCAUUUCUCAAGCCUCAAAGAUACAUGGCUCCCCUUGGAACUUUCUAUUUUAGUUUUAGACCUCAUUGUCAUUCAUACUUGGACAUGUGAAAUGCAAAAAAGAGAAUACUUUAAACAUUUAGUUAUAGCACCUUUUGACUUUUUCUACGGAUUUAAACAAAGUUCCAUAUUGGGCUCCGUAGUGGCGCAGCGGUCUAAGGCACUGCAUCUGUGCUAGAGGUGUCACAACAGACACCCUGGUUCGAAUCCAGGCUGUAACACAACCACCCGUGAUUGGGAGUCCCAUAGGGUGGCACACAAUUGGCCCAGCGUCGUCUGGGUUUGGCUGGUGUAGGUCAUCCUUGUAAAUAAGAAUCUGUUCUUAACUGACUUGCCUAGUUAAAGGUUAAACAUAUUUUAUUUUUAGAUUAUAUUUUGUUUGUUCUGCCCAGAUUGAAAAGCCUACUGUCGCCUUGUGACUGAAAUAAUGCAGCUGUGGAUAUCCUAGGCCAGGAAGUAGGGACAGCUGGUUUAGCAGACUAUCCCUACCAUGGCAUGUGCAGUCAGCUAAACUUUUAAUAUUCCUUGAAAAGAUUGUCAUAGGUCUUCAAGAUUACCAGGCUGCUUUGAAGAUUGAUCCUCAAAAUGAAGCUCUACAAUCUGACACACAAAAUUAGACAAAUCAUCCAAGGGAGUGCACCCUGUCCUGAAUGAAUAAUACAUGUUUAAUACAUUUGUAUAUUUUUUUGCAAUGAGGAACACUUUCAAAUGAAUGCUGAUAGCCCACCUGUUCAAUGUGUUUAUAGUGAUACAAUAAAAAAAUAAAGUCAAACAUUGUAACUUU